UUCGGCGGUGGGUAUUGUCUCUCCCGGUUCUCUGUCCGGGAAGCCGCCCGCCGGCCGUGCCGGGUGAGCGCGCUGACUGACGGCUCGUCGCAGCCAGUGGUCGCGGCGCGGGGCGGUGGAGCCCGGCGCCGGUCUCCUCGGUGACCGGGGGGGAAGGUGGCGCCUCCCGGAGCGGUCGGAGUCCUGAGGGGACCGAGAGCUUCAUCACAUGGAGUGAUACUGUGAAACAUGACAAAAUCCCAGACUAUUUAAAAGUUUUCCUGUCUCAGGAAAAAAACCCAACAUGUAUAGACCAGGGGAGACAGUCAAACGUCGACUCAAUAUGCAUGCAACUCCUCGAAUAAGGAGUGUGGAAGUUGCUAGAGGAAGAGCAGGCUAUGGGUUUACCCUUUCUGGACAAGCUCCAUGUGUUCUUAGUUGUGUUAUGAAAGGAAGCCCUGCUGAUUAUGUUGGACUUAAAGCAGGAGAUCAAAUAUUUGCAGUUAAUGAAAUUAACGUGAAAAAGGCCUCUCAUGAAGAUGUAGUGAAACUUAUUGGAAAAUGUUCUGGAGUCCUCCACAUGGUCAUUGCUGAAGGGAUUAGUCAUAUAGAUUCAUGUUCAAGCGAUGAAGAAGUUGGCUUUUAUGAUGGAAAGGGGUGGCUGAAGCCUAAACCUGACUCUAAAGCUCUAGGCAUAAACAGAGCAGAGAAAGUUGUUGAAGAAAUGCAGUCUGGUGGCAUUUUCAACAUGAUCUUCGAGAAUCCUAGUCUUUGUGCUGGUAACUCAGAUAAUUCCACACCAAAACAAAGAUCGUUUUCAGAUUCUGCUGCUAUUAAAUAUGAAACUGGAAAUGAAAGUGUAAGCAAUCCAAAUGUACUGUCAAAGGAAGAAAUGUCCAAGGUCCCGAACGAUGAUUCGGUUUUUAGAAUUGGACUGGAGAGUGCAGAAGACUUUGGACUAGAUGCAAGCAUUUUAAAUGUUGCCAUGAUUGUAGGCUACCUAGGCUCAAUCGAACUUCCUUCAACAACCUCAAAUUUGGAAAAUGAGAGUUUGCAGGCUAUUCGUGGGUGCAUGAGACGUCUACGGGCGGAACAAAAAAUCCAUUCGUUAGUGAUGAUGAAGAUAAUGCACGAUUGUAUUCAGCUCUGCAGUGACAAAUCAGGUGUGGUGGCAGAAUACCCUGCAGAGAAACUGGCAUUCAGCGCUGUUUGCCCAGACGAUAGAAGAUUCUUUGGAUUAGUUACAAUGCAGACAAAUGAUGAUGCGAGCUUGGCUCAGGAAGAUGAAGGGGUUCUGAGGACAUCUUGCCAUGUGUUUAUGGUGGAUCCGGACUUAUUUCAUCAUAAAAUUCAUCAGGGCAUAGCAAGACGUUUUGGACUGGAAUGUACAGCAGAUCCGGACACAAAUGGCUGUCUGGAGUUUCCAACAUCAUCUCUACCUGUUCUUCAGUUUAUUUCUGUCCUGUAUCGGGAUAUGGGGGAAUUGAUUGAGGGAAUGCGUGCAAGGGCUUUUCUUGAUGGUGAUGCAGAUGCUCAUCAGAAUAACAGCACAAGCAGUAACAGUGAUAGUGGAAUUGGGAAUUUUAAUCAAGAAGAAAAGAAUAACAGAGUUCUGGUGGUUGAUUUGGGGAGCAAUCCAAGUAAACAUAUUCCUAACAGUAUAUGGGAAAAUCCGGUAGGAAGGGGACAAAAUCAGUCUGCUUCCCAUUGGAAUGGCUUCUGUCACGAACAAGAAGGAAAUAUUCCUUUAGAGGUAAUUCAGAAUGAUAAGUCCCAAAAUUUAAACAAGCACUUAUGUCCUGCUCGUAUCGAAGUUCCACUGGUUUCCUCCCGAAAUUCAGUACCCCCAUCAAAGAAAAGUGCUGCAGGCGUGGGCAAUCAAAGAUGGUUGCCCGUGCAUGUCUUACAAGAGUGGCAGCACGGAAAUGCUAGUGACCAGGAGUCUUACACUGAUUCUACAGAUGGCUGGUCAAGUGUUAACUGCGGGACUCUCCCCCCUCCAAUGAGUAAGAUUCCAGCUGACAGAUACAGAGUCGAUGGCAGCUUUGGUCAGCCGCAGUUAAAAUCUCAUAAAAAUGAGUGGUCCAAGAAGAUGUUUUGCAUGCAAAACAAAUUUGGCCCUCCACACAGUAUUAGGAAGUCUAAAGAAGAUAAAAAGGGUUCAAAAUUUGGACAUCUGGUGGGAUUAAAUCAGGCUCCUCCCCAGCGUUCUUCUGCUCGAAGAUCAUUUGGAAGAUCUAAGAGAUUUAGUAUCACUCGUUCACUGGAUGACCUUGAGUCAGCAACUGUCUCUGAUGGAGAGCUGAAUAGUACUGAUUUGAAAGAUUGCAUCAGUGAGAACAGCCUCAGUAGCAAUGCUAGUCUUCCCAGUGUACAGAGCUGUCGUCGACUUCGAGACAGAAGAGUUGCAAGCUGGGCAGUUUCAUUCGAGCGUCUUCUUCAGGAUCCUCUUGGUGUUAAAUAUUUUUCGGAAUUUCUGCGGAAGGAAUUUAGUGAAGAAAAUAUUUUAUUCUGGCAGGCCUGUGAAUAUUUUAACCAUGUACCUGCACAUGAUAAAAAAGAGCUUUCUUACAGAGCUCGGGAGAUCUUCACUAAGUUUUUGUGUAGCAAAGCUACAACUCCAGUUAAUAUUGAUAGCCAGGCACAGCUGGCAGAUGAUAUUCUCAAUUCCCCACAUCCAGAUAUGUUCAAGGAACAGCAACUUCAGAUUUUUAACUUGAUGAAGUUUGAUAGCUAUACUCGCUUUCUCAAAUCCCCCCUUUACCAAGAAUGCAUCCUAGCUGAAGUAGAAGGUCGUACUCUUCCAGAUCCACAGCGUGUUCCCAGCAGUCCUACUUCUAAACACAGUAUCAGUUCAGAGAAGUCCAAUAUCUCAACACCGAAAAAGUUAAGUGGUAAAUCAAAGUCAGGAAGAUCCUUAAAUGAAGAGUCAGGAGAGGAGGACACUGAGAAGAAAAAAAGGGGGACGUUUUUCUCAUGGUCAAGAAGUAAGAGUUUGGGAAAAUCACAGAAGAGAAAGGAAAAUGGUGAUUAUCAACAUGAUUCUAUUCAGUCCAAUGGGUUAUCAUACAGGCGGGAAUCACAAGGCUCCAUGUCAUCAACUGCUAGUCUUGACUUGUCUGAAACCUCUAGAUUACCUGCAUUUGUACCAGAUAAAGAGAAAUCCCCCAAAUACUGCUGUGUAAACCUUCCAGAUGGUUCUUCCAGCAAAAUGGCUGUUAAAUCUGGAUUCUCUAUCAAAGAGGUGCUAUCUGGGCUCUGUGAGAAACAUGGCAUUAACAUAGCUGCAGUGGACCUUUUUUUAGUUGGAGGCGAUAAGCCGCUUGUAUUGCACCAAGACAGUAGCAUCCUGGAGUCUCGGGACCUACGUUUAGAAAAACGCACUUUAUUUCGGCUGGAUCUUGUUCCAAUCAAUCGAUCAGUUGGUUUGAAGGCUAAACCCACCAAACCAGUAACAGAGGUCUUAAGGCCUGUGGUUGCAAAAUAUGGAUUAAAUCUUAAUGAUCUUGUGGCAAGACUAAAUGGUGAGCAGGAACCACUUGAUCUUGGUGUCCCUAUAUCUAAUCUGGAUGGUCAGCGGGUUGUUCUAGAUGAAAAAGAGCCAACAAAGAGUAGAGUGUUUACAGAUAAACAAAAAGGUGCAUCAGUAAAACAGAGUGUAACUGUGACUACUUCAAGAAAUCAAGUAUCUACUACUGGAGAGGGAAGAACUCUAGGAAAGUCUAAUUCUAUCAAAAUGAAAGGCGAAAAUGGAAAAAAUGCUAGGGAAGUUCGACUGUCAAAAAGAGAAGACUCUAUUGCAAAGAUUGGGAAAAAAAAAUGUCAGAAAAUAAAUUUGGAUGAAGCAGAGGAAUUUUUUGAACUCAUAUCCAAAGCUCAAAGUAACAGAGCAGAUGACCAACGUGGACUGCUAAGGAAAGAAGACCUUAUUCUUCCUGAUUUUCUUCGUUUACCACCCACUGGUCCAGAACCGUCCUCAUCUACGCCAGCAGGUCCUAAAGGCCUCAACAAGCGAGUUUCAAAAAAUGAUGGCAAGGAUGGAUGUACAUCACCAAGUGGAAAACAGGAGUCCAUACAAAACUAUAAUGAAAAUUCAGUAAAGAAAAUGGGUUACUCAGAAAAUAAACAUAAAUCUGCUUUGACAGCACUCCACAGUCAGAAGACUUUCAGUGUUCCUUUUAAUACUACGUUGUCUCCAAUUCCACAUGCACACGAAAACAGUGCAACAAUAUGGAAAAGGCAGUCAAGAGAGUUACAAGCUGAAGGCAUACAGAUGGUAGAUGAUGAGAAUGUGGCAGACUUGACUCUUGUGGCUGAAGGAGAUAUUAGUAGCCCUAACAGCACUUUGCUACCACCGCCACCACCAACACCACCGUCAGACAUCAGUAAACUCACAGAAGCCAACUAUCCACCCCCAACUCCUUUUGCAGGUAAUCAGGAAAAAUCUGGAUAUCAAAGAUCCAAUUCAGGUGCAAACCACAAAAAGAAAACUGAUUCACAGGGAACUUCAGGAAACUCUUGUGAGCAAAUGUCUCUCAAAGCAAAGACCAGCAGAAGUGUUAAUCCUCCUGGCGUGAGAGACAACCCUGGCAAGGAGCUGCCUGUGAACAGGAUAAUUGAUGUGGACGGAGUCAAGCUGGAAGACACCGGCACACGCUCCUGCGAUGAGUCCGAAGGGAACCUCAGCUUUGAAGGUUACGUCUCGGAACUGAGAUCUUGCCAAGGGAGGAUGAGGACUGGAGUUUAUCGGACAUCAGACCUUCCCUCUCUGAUUGCUGUAAAGAGUGAGAAGAAUAAGGGCACUGAGAAUCAGUAUAAAGCUACUUUUGUUUAAAUCUCUGUUUUUAAUUAAGAGUUCUGGUAUUUUUACCUGGCAUUGGCAGCAAUGGAAAUAUGCCUUAGGGACAUGUUUCUGCGAGUUUUAAGUUGUUUUCAGUACCUGUUGCCUUCAACGAGCCUGCCAGACAGUCUGUUCUGAUAUGAGUUAGAACCUGUAGAAUGAAAACAGAAGUAUUUCGAUGAAAGUAUUGAACUAUUUGCUUUUGUUCUCUUACUGUUUAUAUAUCAUUUUCCCUGUCAUGAUUCUGUUGCACAGUGCAAUUAAAAUGAUGAUUUCCACCCCAACCCUUCUUGUCUUUAAUAAAGACAAACUCACUUUAAGUUCCCCUAUCCAAUUUCUUUAUUUAAGAUGACUUAAUUUUAAUCUUCUAAUGCUUUUCCUGGUCUGCAGGAUUCCCUAUGUGUUGGUAGACUUCUG